CGCUGUUUGCCGGUCACGGUCGAAUAGCAGACAUCUAUGCGCAUCUGCUCUGCGCAUCAUUCUCUGAGCUCUCGUAAAAUCUCGCGCUUCUUUCAAGUGCAAGGACAUUUUACAAGACGUCCGGUCCUUUGGUUGAUAUCUGCACUUAGUCCUUUAGCCGCCAGGUGCGUUGUUGUUUAUAUCCAGCUAGCCCCAGAAAAAAAUGGCGUCCAGUGGCGGGAAUUCCGAAAAGGUAACAAAACCGUCGUUUUCUCAGGGGGAACACACCGAUCUUGUGACCAUAAAACGGGCAGAUCUACAGAAACUGUCGGCGGAGGUCAGACGGAUGAAGGAGUUUUUGCCCAAGGUCCUGAACUCUGAACUGCUGCAGUCUUACAGCAGGAUCGACAAACUACAACAAGAGUUGUCUGAUGAGCGGGGACACACGGACCAGCUGCAGCGAGACGCAGACCACUGGAAGUCACGCUUCCAGGCCAGCCAAUCAGAGAGGGAGAGAGAAAAACAGGAGCUGUCCAGUUUGAAGCUGGAGUUAGGUGAGCUGAAGAAGACCCUGUCAGUACAGACCGGUUACAGUGCCAGUGUGGGUGCAGCCAGCUGUACCCUGCUGUGGAGAGUCUCCAGGAGUCCUGAGUCUGUAGACGCCAUGCUGAAAGGGUCCAUGGUGUCAGAGUUCCUGCAGCUGGUAGGACAGACAGUACAGAGUUAUGUGACAGACUGUAGGGAGAGAGAGCCACCUGAGGAGGACUCACAGGAGGUCCUGUUUGUACUGGCACUGGCUGGAACUGUCACCAACAUUGCUGCGUCUGCGUACGGCCGUGACUUCCUGAUGUCCAGCCCAGCUGGACGCUCGGUGGUGGACGUACUGGUCAGCUGCCUGUCCGAGGCUCCCAUCGGGACGUGUGACCAGCUCAGGAACCUGGUCCUCAUGGCUCUGUACAACCUCAGUAUUAACCAGAAGGGCCUGCAGUACCUCAGUACCAGGCAGGGGAUCAUCGGGCUGCUGGCUUGGCUGGUACAAGAGGAGGUAGUGAGUGAGAACAGGCUCCACUGUGUGCGACUGCUGCAGUCUCUGAUCGAGGAGCCCACCACACCUGCCCUGCUGCAGGAGGCCACGCAAACGAUAUCUGUGGGACUACUGCAACAACUUGUAAAUGACAGGAAUCCUGAGCUCCAGGCUGCAGCAGCUGAGCUGAUGGAGGAGGUUCAGUCUCUGAGACAGGAGUUCCCAUUGGACAUCUGAGACAGGAGUUUCCAUUGGGCAUCUGAGACAGGGGUUUCCAUUGGUCAUCUGAGACAGGAGUUCCCAUCGGUCAUCUGAGACAGGAGUUCCUAUUGGUCAUCUGAGACAGGAGUUCAUAUUGGUCAUCUGACAUCUUAGGUUCUGAAAAGGAUGAGACUGUAGAUUUUGUUAACUCAUGAAUGCCCGACGAUAUCUAUGACUACAAACUGCAACAUAGCGCGGGCUUAGCUACCUAGCAGAAGUACCCGUUCAGUUUUAUAAUAUCAGGAUGGUUCACAGACCAUGUGUACAAUCUUCAAUAUAUGCAGGGAAAGGCCUUCA